AUGAAGUUCGCCAAGUGUUUGCAAACGUUAGCGAAACCACCGAGUUUGCAGAGAGUGAAAAUGGAAUGGCGACAUCAGACUUCACCGAUGGCUUCGACAACCCUGAUUUCAACGGUCAUCUAGUGGCAGAGAUGGCGAGGUUGGCUGCUUCCAUACAAAGCCGCCCCAUUGUCUCUCAGAAGGUGCCACCAAUAGCUCAAGACGCAGCCGGGGGUAGCACAAUUCACCUUCGUCUAGAGUACUCCGUCCUCUCCCUCUUCGGCACAGAUGAAAUGCUUCAGACCGUCAAGACCGUUAUGUUCCUCAAGUUGUCUUGGCUAAACCCGGCUCUGUCAUGGAACGCCUCGGAACACCUCAACAUCACGUCCUUGGAGUUUCCCUCUAGCGUCGUGUGGGUGCCCAGAGUUUUGCUUCUCAACUCCGUGGAUUUGGUGGAUGUAGUGGAGACGUUCGGCAAAGCCCUGUUUGCUGAUAACAACGGUCUCGUGACAUUGUAUAUGCCGAUGUUCACGGAAACGGUUUGCACCAUGGACCUGACACGUUAUCCUUAUGACCAACAGUCGUGCCAGCUCAUCUUUACUGUCUUCUCCUCCUACGUCCGCUGGCUUGUGGAGGAGAACAACGACACGCAGCAGAUUCUCAACCUGACCGACCUCAGCACCACCUGGACUUUGGUUAAGGUCAACGCCAAGAUUCAGCCGCUGGACAAAAUCACCGCUGUUGUCAUCACUUUGCACGUGAAGCGAAAAACGAUUUUCUACACAGUUUGCCUAGUGCUACCAAUGAUCAUUAUCUCCUGCCUUAACACUCUGGUUUUCCUCGUACCAUCCGAGUCAGGAGAAAAGAUGUCCUUCUUUGUCUCCAUAUUUGUCUCAACCUCUGUUUAUGUCAGUUUUUUCACAGAUGUUAUGCCACGUGGCCUUGAGAAUGUCCCCAACGUCAUGAAACUGCUCCUCGGGGUUUCCAUUGAGGGCAUGCUCAUCCUUCUGGCCACCAUCUUCAUCCUGAGACGUUUCCACCAAGAAGAGAAGCUGAGAAACUCCAAUUCCUUCUCCUCGAAACCAGUCAACAUGGGGAACAACCGUGUUCAGCCAAUCGCGUCUUCCACGAACAACAUUCAAGGUGGUAGUAAGACGGAAGAAGGAAAACAAGAAAUGGAAGAGAAUGAGAAGGAGAAGGAUGCUUUUGCGCGAGGUUUGACGUGGACGUUUACCUUUUCCUCCCAACAACUAGACCGUGCUUGGUUUGUCGUAGCUGUGUGCGUGAACUCAAUUUUCCUGUCUUAUCUUCUUAUCGAUUCUCUCUGGCCAAUAAUAUAGGAAUUCCUUAAUAACUCUAGUAAUUCUCAGACUUUUCACAUUAUCAGCAUAUGACACCUGUAGAUCAGGUUCAGUGGACUAGUAGUUCCUUUAUGAUGAAACCACAUUAUAGCUCAUUACAAAAUUUAUUCCCAAGAACAUACGGAUUUCUUGCGCAUUAGUUUGGUAAGGAAUUCUCUUCUGCUACAUACACAAUUCACUUUUGUUCAUUAACAAGAACUAUCAAGCCAGAAAAAUCACAGGUUUUUUAAUAUCUCAAAGACAUUGGGUUUUUCAUUUUGUUGAUUGUUACAUCUAUUUCUAAAACAUUAAGGACAACAUAUAAAAGUUGGUUCUCUUAUGCUCCAUAGAGACAUUUAUGUCCCACAGCAAAAAUCAAAUAAUUUUCAAAAACCACCACAACGACCCUGAAGCAAAAAUAAUAAUUAGAUUAGUGACAUCCCCAAGCAAAACAAGUGACAGUUUGUCCUCUUGGCACAUUAUUUUUUUUUUAAUCAAAUUUCACUUUUGCGGGUGGUCUUAAAAUUCAAAAUUCCUCUCAAUCUGACAAUGAAACUAACGCAAACAUAUCGAAGCCAGCCUUAUUUAUAUAAAGUCAGUGAUAUACUAAAUGGUUUCAUUCAAGUUUGACUGCUAUAUGUUGUUUCAAUCGCAUUUUGAGUUCAUUUACAAGUAUGGGGCAAAUAUGUCCCUUGGUCCUCAGAAGGGCUAGAUUCUAGAAUUCGUGAUGUCGAGAGUUAAGACCAAGGAGGAAAACAAGACCAGAGGAAGGUGAUACAGACUGCGAUCGACGUAUGAUCACUCCAAAACGCCGUUUAGAUGAGCGCUAGAAAUUCACCCAGUUGUAAGUCAAGUCCAAGUAGGUGUGCAAAUAUCCGUUUGUGCUGAAGUGGGGUAGCUUAGGGAUGAAGGGUAGCGAGAAAUCUGUUCCGCUUAAGAUGGACAAUGAAGGUCAGUGAACGUUUAACUUAAAACCCGCAGGAUGUUGUUAAAGAGUUUGUUCGAUUUUACUUUGUAUUUGUCUGCUAGGGCGCUUGGAACUAUCGUUCUUGCAAAGCUUUUUUUAUAUUAGAGCAGGGGUUCUGCUAAGGCUAAAUUCUUUGGGGUCCCAGGGACCCCUUCAGAUUUUUAAGGGGUCCCUGUUCUUCGCCCAAAUUUGAAGGGGACCCCAUUGACUAAAAUUGAAGGGGUCCUCUGAACCUUUAAUGCGUACUGUACGCAAUUUUUUGCUUAAGCAGAAGCCCUGUUAGAGAGCUAUGAUCGGAAGAUCUGUAAACUGAACUGUACUAUAAGAAUAUAUCUGUGAACUGGGCUUUGCCGUAAAAAUAUUUGUGAACUGAACUGAAUUGUUCUGUAAAAAAUUAUCUGAGGACUAGAUAGUGCUGCAAAAGAAAGUAUUUGUCGACUGAACUUUGCCAAAGGAGAAAAGUGUGAAAUCAAGAUUCAACGGUGGAUACAUGUCCAUGGUCCUACAGCCACGAUGUCAGAAGAGUAUGUAAAAGAUACGUCGGAAUAAUUUUUCUACAUUGUCAUAUAUAGCUGUAUAUAUUUAUAUAACCAUGACUUAUUUACCUUGAUUAUUUUAUUUUUUAUUAUUAUAGUACAUUCUUGUGUUGGUGGUGGUGUAAAUUUUUCAAAACAUUCUGUUGUGCAAACGAAUCCGUUACAUUCCUAUGGUCUUUAUUACUUUACAUUCAGCCUUGGCGUGGUCUGUAGGUCAGAGUGCAAACGGAAGAAAACGAGUUUUAGAGUGUGGAUAGUGCCAUUGUAUGGAAAGAAAGAAUGUCACAUGUGAUGUAUAUAUAUUCAGCUAGGUUAUAUGUGUUAAUUUGUCGCCAGAAUCGUUCUUUACGGAUUGAUUGCCACUGUCACUUGACUCGGAUAUUUUAAUGAUUGUUAAAUGUUUUGGCUGUAAUGUGUGCUCGUGAAUGCAAACUUCCUGAUCUUAACACAGUCAUUACUGGUAAUAUGUAAACCUAGAGUUUUUGUGUAAAUAUUCAGUUAGAAAACAAAGUUGAACUUUACUCGUGAUAUUCCAAUAUUUUCGUUGAUAACUUUCAAUGGGGUACAGUAUUUUGUCUUUCGCCUAGGGCCCCAAAACAGCUGCCCCCUAUUGUGAGUACUGGGUCAACAGUCCAUUAACAAUAUAUCUCUGUUGUCUUGAUGUUCACAACUAAGGCUGUCGUUCUGUUGGGUGUUAGCGAUUGUUUCAAGUUCAUAGACAGUGUAAGCAUUCUACAAGAUUUUGUCAAUGAUGAUGAAUAUUUACAUAAGCACAAUGUAAUCUUUGUAUCAAGUGGUUUAUAAUAAAAUCAGCAUAAAGUCACUGUUGUGAUCUUUAGUUAGCACAAUAUGAGCAACUGCCCAAUCCACAUUUUCCACUGACACAAAUACUCUUCGUAAUGCACUCUACACAAUGCGCUCUUUGCAAUAAAAGAAUUCCAAACACAACACGUGAUUCACAACAGGAGAUCGCUUUAGCUUGGGGCGUUGCUUCCCAUUGGCACAAAUAAUUAUUGAAGAAAAAAAAAAACAAUCUUAUGUCUUACCGUACACGAACUUAAAUGUAGAAUACUAAAGAAACUAUUCGUUUUCGAAAAGGCUCGUGCUAAUCUGUCAAAUUUGUCCAAGCACAAGUACCAAUAAUAUACAGGUAACAGCAAUGCACGCAAGCAAACAGUCAACUUCACCAAAACUGUUACGUAGUCCUGUUCCUCAAUGGCAUGGUGCGCUGAGCAUCAAUGUUGAGUAGCGAAAGACUUUAACUGUUACGGCUCCAUAUGACACGGGUGAGACAAUGUUUUUAAUGUAUGGUGAGUUGUGUUAAUUAUUUUGUUUUUGCUUAUUUUCUAAUAAAAUAUCAAUUUCUUAAUUUCGUAUUUUUGUUGGUAAUUUUGAUCUAGUCCGAACAUAGCUGUCAAGUGAGUGCGUGCGUGUGUGUGCUUGCGCGGGCAGGUGCGCGUGCACCAUUUUUAGUAAAAUCUUUCAUAUCCUUUUUUUUUUUUUUCGGUAGUUUUCUAUAUGAGACAGGUGUUAUAAAUUUUUAUGGGACUUUCUCGACCUGAAGCAAGUUCAAACACACUGACCCGUCUAAUCUAUGGAUUUUUCUCUUCUGACAAAUAGCCUUUACUAAUUCGUCUGCACACACAGACCAUGUUAACAAACCACGCACCGCAGCAAAUGGCUAUUAUGUGCUUUUUGCUUAGCAGUGCUCUCUGAAAUUCUCAGGAAAAAAGCGUCCCUAGAUUGUUAGCAAAACAAUGUUUAAGCUAAGUAAUUUCCAAAACAUCAUUGAGUAACUGCAACAGUGGUGUAAUUGCAGGCACCGAAGACAUGAGAAGGUCGGUUGCCUUGGUGAUGCGUCGUCACUGUCUACCCGAUGAUUUCUCGGCUGUUCACAUUUACCCCACGACCGAAGUUCGGUAAUGGAACGAUAAGCCUUGUUUGACUUCAGCAGCGAUGAAAUUUUACUUUCAGCUGCGUUUUCUUUUUUUGCUUGGUUUGAAGAGAAGCAGACGUUGUUGCUAGGGACAGACAAUAACACUCUGGUGUACAUUUAGGGAGCACACUUUUCUGCUGACUAAUUGGGUCUUGUUUGUCGUCUAAACAAACUGGCGAUCGAACGGUAUCUUUUAAUUAACCGGCAUGACCAUAAAAGUGUGGUCUGUGACAAUGUCCCUUUAGACAUAUGGGAUUGUUCUGGCAGUAAAAACAGAACUAGUAAAGAGACUAGUCUAAUUUCAGUGGCAUCCACUAGUUGAGAUCGUCUGUAUUUAACACUGUUCACGCUGAUGCGACGCAUUUUGUAUACAAACCCCGGACAAAUUGAAAGUGAAUAGUUGUGCUUCGAAAGACUUCGAUUUUAAAACAGUAAACUGUGAUUCAAAGCUCAUUCUCGAUUGAAGUCGAAGUGAUUUACACGUGCUUCUUGGUCCUUCCAGUUUCCACUAAAAGUUUACAGUCUUAAAUGU